CCGGCAGCCCCGGCCGCCGCGCCGUCGCGAUGUCGGUGGCGGGGCUGAAAAAGCAGUUCCACAAAGCCAGCCAGCUGUUUAGUGAAAAAAUAAGUGGUGUUGAAGGAACAAAACUAGAUGACGAAUUUCUUGACAUGGAAAGGAAAAUAGACAUUACCAAUAAAGCAGUUGCAGAAAUUCUUUCAAAAGCCACAGAAUAUCUUCAGCCAAAUCCAGCAUACAGAGCUAAGCUAGGAAUGCUGAACACUGUGUCGAAGAUCCGAGGCCAGGUGAAAACCACUGGGUACCCGCAGACGGAGGGCCUGCUGGGUGACUGCAUGCUGAAAUACGGCAAGGAGCUCGGGGAAGGCUCCACUUUUGAUGGCCUGUUCCUUGUUCUGAAGGCUGACCUUCAGACGGGAACCAGUGAAGGGAACAGGAGAGGCCGCCAGGCAGGCCCUGACAUCCAUGGACAGUCCUGCAGUGCAUCUGGGCAGAAGCCAGAAGCUGAGAGGAGGAUUUGUUCACCUAUUUCUAUUGUCAUCUUAAAAGAGAUUGGGCACCACCUGAAAAAGCUGGAAGGCCGCCGCCUGGAUUACGAUUAUAAAAAGAAGCGAGUAGGUAAGAUACCAGAUGAAGAAGUCAGACAAGCAGUAGAAAAAUUUGAAGAGUCAAAGGAGUUGGCUGAAAGAAGCAUGUUUAAUUUUUUAGAAAAUGAUGUGGAACAAGUCAGCCAGCUGGCUGUGUUUGUCGAGGCCGCUUUAGAUUAUCACAGACAGUCCACGGAGAUUCUGCAGGAGCUGCAGAGCAAGCUACAGAUGAGGAUAUCAGCUGCCUCCAACGUCCCGAAGCGAGAAUACAAGCCACGGCCCAUAAAAAGGAGUCCCAGCGAGCUCAAUGGGGUGUCCACCGCCUCCUCAGCAAAGACAACAGUUUCAGAGUCUGGGAAGUUCAAGAUCAAGGUGCCGGCAGACUCGUUGUCGGGUUCUAACGUUCCCAUGGACCAGCCCUGCUGUCGUGGUCUCUAUGACUUUGAGCCUGAAAACCAAGGAGAACUAGGAUUUAAAGAAGGGGACAUCAUUACAUUAACCAAUCAAAUAGAUGAAAACUGGUAUGAAGGAAUUCUGCAUGGGGAAUCUGGCUUCUUCCCCAUUAACUAUGUGGAAGUGAUUGUGCCUUUACCUCAGUAAAUGUGUUAACUCAGACUCUCUCGGACAUAAGUUUCAUAACCGAAAUGAAUUCACACCAGUGUUCUCAGCGUGGUUGUUCUGUGGCAUUCUUGCUCUUUGACCAACUUAAUGACUUUUGUAUGUGUGGUUCUCUUUAUAAUGUAUUUUGUAUCAGUUUAAUUUGUAUAAAUGAUUUUCUUGUCUUGGCUCCCUGGAAAUACAGUUUUCUUUUGCUGAUUGUCCUAAAAGUCACUGGUUAAAUAAAUGUAUGUGCUUCUUGUUGCUAAAAAUAAACAGCACCCAUAAGCUCUGUCAGGGCCUGGCCCGUCUUCCUCAAGCUGUGAUGGAAGACAACACUUGAAGCUAAGAACUGCUAAAUAUUUUGUUUCCUGACAUGACUGAUGGCCUCCGGUCUUUCCCCUUCAUGUGUUUUAGCUGACCUGUGAACCACCCAAUAAACAUGACACACUGUUGGCAAA